GAUAUGAACCGCACAAGUCUGAAUAUUUUUUUUUUCAUCUUUUGGGUUUCUCUUAUGGAGGACCAUCCAAUUUGCUGGGUGUAAUCAUGCCCUCUCCACUCUGAAUUGGCUUUUUAGGUUAUAUAAAUAGUUGCUUUUGUGGGUGUAAUUAUAUGUUCGUAUAUCAUCCUAUUCUGGUUGGGUUGAUGUUAGCCUUUCAGGUCUUCUUCAAUUACGGUGAGCGGCUAUCUUGGAAAUCUCCGGGGAUAUAUUCAAUUCAUGCCCUGAAUGAGUUCUUCUGAGAGGGUAGACAAUAGUUUCGCAAGGAUGGAAACUGCUACCAUUAACAACCAGGUACCAUACGAAGAGCAGAAGAUGAGCAAAACCCUGAAGAGAUCCCUGCUCUUACUGAACUGCAUAUUAUUGGGAAUCGGCAAUUGCUGUGCUCCACUGAUGUCGCGGCUCUACUUCUUGAAAGGUGGUAAAGGAGUUUGGUUAUCAAGCUUUCUGGAAACUGCUGGUUGGCCAUUUAUAUUAUUUCCUCUCUUUGUUUCCUACGUGUAUCGCCGAAGCAAGGAAGGUCCAGGGACCAAGAUAUUUUAUAUACAACCCCGCUUGUUCCUGCCUUGUUCCAUUCUUGGUAUUCUCACCGGCUUGGAUGAUUAUCUAUAUGCGUUUGGUGUUGCUCGCAUUCCUGUCUCUACCUCAGCUCUUUUGAUUUCUACGCAAUUGGCCUUCACUGCUGGGUUUGCCUUUCUCUUGGUCAGGCAAAAAUUUACUUCUUUUGGGAUCAAUGCGAUUUUCUUGAUGACACUUGGAGGAAUAGUGCUAGCACUUCAUACUAGUGGCGAUCGCCCUAAUAAUGAGUCCAAAACACAGUAUUUCAUGGGGUUUUUUACGACACUUGGAGCUUCAGCUCUUUAUGGAUUUGUGCUACCAGCAAUUGAGCUAACAUAUAAGAAAGCAAAGCAGACGAUUACUUAUACUUUAGUUAUGGAGAUGCAGUUGAUUAUGUCAUUCUUCGCCACUGCAUUCUGUGCUGUCGGGCUGCUUGCAAACCAUGAAUUCCCGAAAAUUCCAAGGGAAGCAAAGGUGUUCCAGCUGGGGGAAGCAAGUUAUUAUGGGGUGAUCAUAGGCUGCGCGUUGUUAUGGCAAUGUUUCUUCAUGGGUGCAGUUGGUGUCAUUUCCUGUGCAUCCUCGCUACUCUCUGGUGUUCUAAUUGCUGCUUUGCUGCCUGUAACAGAGAUUUUAGCUGUGUUGAUAUUCAGUGAAAAAUUUCAGGUAGAAAAAGGGAUUGCUCUUGCUUUAUCUGUGUGGGGCUUCAUUUCUUACUUCUACGGCGAGGUCGAAGAGAAGAAGAAGAAGAAUCGUUCUCCAGAAUGAACCGCUGGGAAUACAUUCAUUCUGCAUUAGCCUUAUGGGGAUAGACAGACAAUUAAAAGAGU